CUGCGUGACUGGGGGCCGGAUCCUGCCCUCAUCCCCCCGUGCGUAGCCGGUGCCGGGCUGCAGGCCGGGCCCCACGGCCCGCUCGCGUGCCGUGGGCUGCCUGGACGCGCGGUGUCCGGCAGUGCCGCCGCCUCGGGAGCUGGAGGAAGUUCCCUUUCCCUUUAAAUGCAAAUCCCAGCCUGGGCCUGCAGCUGGGACGCGGUGUCCUGCGGGCUCCGCUCCGGGACGCGACCCCGGUCGGCACCGCACGCCAGGCACCGCGGCCUGGCGCAGGGUCGUUCCCCCGCCGCCCCCAAAGCCUCGUCCGGCCCUGCGAUGGACGACAGGAAGAAGAAGCGGAGCCCCAAGGCGUGCCUGGCGCAGCCGGCGCCCGCCGGGACGCUGCGGAAGCUGCCGCUGCCCACCAGCAAGAGCGCCUCCUUCGCGCUGCCGCUGCCCCACCUGCCCUCGCCCAAGCAGCGGGCUAAGCUCAGACGGACGAGCAAGGAGAAAGUGCGGGCGGUGCCGGCCGUGGGCGGCGCGGGGGCAACGCUGGGGGCCCCACUGCAGCACAGCUUCCUCACCGACGUCUCCAACGUCUGCGAGAUGGAGGGCGGGCUGCUGAACCUCCUCAACGACUUCCACUCGGGCAAGCUGCAGGCCUUCGGGAAGGAGUGCUCCUUCGAGCAGCUGGAGCACGUGCGGGAGAUGCAGGAGAAGCUGGCACGCCUCCACUUCAGCCUCGACGUCUACGUGGAGGAGCUCUCCGAGGAGCAGAAGAAGACGGUGGCUGACAGGAACCUGGACCAGCUGCUGACGAACCUGGAGGAGCUCAGCAACUCCAUACAGAAGCUGCACCUGGCGGAGCAGCCGGAGCCGGAGGACGCCGCCUCGGCCUGACCGCGGCCCCACGCUGGGGCUGGGGCGGCCCGUCGCCCCGAUGCGGGCCGGGGGCCGCAGCGGCCUGGCCGGGCCCUGCCUGCUGAGCACCCGCCCCCCCCCCCGCCUCCACCGCCGCCG